UUCCUGUUCCAGACCGAUCCUGAUCGCCAUCUGAUGAAUUGGCCUGGAUUGUGCUCCACACUACGGAUGCGAUCAUUGGCUAUCGACCCUCCUGAUUUUGAUCAACAAGCCGGUUCUGAUAGAGUACGCCGACGCCCUCCUCUAUACAUAUUACCUGCGCCUUCUUGCGACGCCAUCCCUAAUGGUCCAUAUUACACCUUGCUUCUACGCCUAUCACGGACAAUUCGAACCUGGCAAAAUUGUUGGCCACACAUCCACGAUGAGAUACUCUCAUCCUCUGGUCAACAUUCACCUAGAGCUUUAUCCGGCGGUUAGCAAGUUUUUUUUUGAAAACAGUCUUCAAAUUCUCCGUCUUGUAUUAAGACUUCGAUGUUCCAGUGGGUUCUACUAUUGCUGUCCCGAGCCGAAGAUUCUGCAAGUGGUCUGCAGCUGCGGCCAGCUGCUCUCGGGAAACCUGAUCCUCCCACUGACUUUCGCAACAUGGCACAUAUCGCAUUUCCAACUCCGGUGGCACUUCGAAUUAUCAGUGGUCUUGGAGGCGCAGGGGUGGUUAUGUCCGGUGGAGUGGCGGCACAUCAUUACGCUGGAUUGCACCACACAACUGAUGCUUGUCCCCUGCCGAUUUCUUCACAUUGGCGCUUUAUUCCGGCAUAAUAUAGAUCUGUUGGUGAUUGUGGAGAUGUCAAUGACAUUUCUUCUGCACAAGGUCGGAUUCUCGAACAGCACCGAACUGUUUGCCCGAACGGACAGCUAUACUUUCAUCUCACAUGGGGUUAUAUUAUCAAUCACCGUAUUCUGCUUCCUGGAAAUGGUAUCCCUAUCGGAGCCGCUGAUCGUUUCGAUGAAAGGGAAAUUUUAUCACAGACAUCCUAUGGCUGGACUUGACGGGACUUUUACAGAUCUGGAACGUCUGUGACACGGCAUAGUGUUCCACAACUAGUGAGCGGAGUGAAUUAAGGCGAAAAACGGAGGUGGAGAAGCAGCCCUCCAGGCAGACUUGGACUAUGCCAACUCGAGCAGUACUUUUCAUUGCCUUACGCCUUUGCUUGGAUACAACCGUCAUGAAGUGGGAGGAAAUUAUGCUCUUUCCCUUUCUGAAUCCGAUUAUUAUCCGCUACAGUUAUACCAAUUUCGAAACGGCUGUUGUUUAUCACGAGAUAUUCAUCACAAUCCGUCAUAUCACGGAGGAUCUAGGACUAAUCUCC